AUGACCCCCAUUAUAACCCCCUCCUUUCCCCCACAGCCCCCUACCCCAGUUACUACCUCCCCCAUUAUAACCCCCCUCCCUUCCCUUCCAGCCCCCUACCUCACAGACUACAUAGCCCCCAGCUCGUACCCCGGCUCCGCUGACACCUCGGACCCCCUGAAGGUCCCAUCUCCCACCUCCCUUUACCCCCCGAGCCGCGGGGCCGACUACGGCGCCUCCGACUCGGACCCCCCCGACAGCCCCCGCUCCGCGUUGACCGGCGGUUACAUCAACGGCGACGCCGCCGUCAGCGAAGGUUACGCCGUCGAUUCCUUCUUCAUCACCGACGGCCGCUCGCGCCGUAAAACCCCCAACGGCUCCAGCAGCCCCCAAGGAGCCCCCAGACCCCCAAGACAACGUCACGCCUGCGGCGAAUGCGGUAAAACUUACGCCACCUCCUCCAACCUCAGCCGCCACAAACAGACCCACCGCAGCCUGGAUAGCAAAAUGGCCAAGAAAUGCCCGACCUGCGGCAAGGUUUACGUCUCCAUGCCCGCCAUGGCCAUGCACCUCUUGACCCACGACCUGAAGCACAAAUGCGACGUGUGCGGCAAAGCCUUCAGCAGGCCCUGGUUGCUGCAGGGUCAUAUGCGUUCGCACACCGGGGAGAAGCCUUUCGGCUGCGCCCAUUGCGGGAAGGCCUUCGCCGACCGCUCCAACCUCCGCGCUCACAUGCAGACCCACUCGGCCUUCAAGCAUUUCAAGUGCAAGAGAUGCAGCAAAACCUUCGCCCUCAAGUCCUACCUCAACAAGCACUACGAGUCCGCGUGCUUCAAAGGAGCCCCGGCGGCUGCGGGAAGCCUCAGGGCUUGAGAUUUAGGGGGGGGGUCUUUGGGGUCACCCCGAGGAGGGAGGUGGGG